GAAAGUAUUCGCUGAUGAUCUGCUGGUAAAAGUCGACUCGAACUAAACCUAGCCUCAAAGCAAAUAAAUAUUUCAAAUUUACUAAUAGCGAUUGAAAUUGGUGAAUCCAAGGUGUCUUGUGAUCACAGUAGUUAACAAGCAUCGUUAGCAAUCAAUUAUUAAAACUUCUUACACGAUGCCCGUAAAGUACAUCGGACGCACGACAAAUUUCAAAGGUAAAUCUUUAUGGGAAAUUCUCGGUAACCUGAAGAACCAUGGGGUCGGUCGGAUAAUAGCUAGAAGCAUGUUUGAAAGAUAUCCUGAGCCUUCAUACAUAAAAAUUCUGAAAGUUGAAGCUCUUCCAAACGAUGAUAAACGAAAGGUCAAAGUCAUUGCAGAACGAACGUUCAGAGGAGUUAAAUAUGAGAAACCAAUAACGAUAAUGUCAGUGUCUUAUAAAACAGACUACAAGCUAAUACCAAAAGACGAAGAAACUACAUAUUGUAAAGUUGAGAAACAAAGAGAGAUGCCUAUUUUGCCUAGAACAACUGAUUUCCCACCUCUCUAUAAGAAGAUGCUUCUCCAGACGCUGGAUCAAAAAGGAACCCCGAUAACCGAGGAACCUAAACUGCAACUAUGUUUCAAAGUUUAUCAAACAAAUUAUUACAAGGUUGCUGAAGAGGGAGAAACACCCACUGUAACACAUCACCUUUUCAAAGGAAAUACUGCGGCCCCCAGACUCUACGAAAAUAUCAAAACAAAAAUAGGAGUUUGAGAGGGUCGAUUAUCACAUACCUUUAGUUGUAAAUAAAUAAAAAUCUAUACCUAGUAA